AUGGCCGUUCAACAUCUAUGUUUUGAUUUGCUGAUGACUGUGUCGUUGCUGUGUCUAGCUGUUCAUGCUCUGCACGACAAUACUUUCGGUGAAGCUCACCAGGCUGCCACAGAAAGUUAUAAAAGUGAAGAUAUUUUGAAGAAUGGUAAAGUCCAGAUGCAGGUUACCGCUGAGAAGCAGGGGCAUCAAGUUGACAGCUGUGCCAAUAGGAUAGCUGAUGAAGAGGAGGCCAGUGACAUUUGUGGGGAAGAUCGUGGGCUGUCAAAACUGGAUGCUGAAGAGAAAAUGACAUCCUCCUCUUACGAGCAGUGCGAAGCAGAGCAACCAUUGAGGUGCCAGGAGGAGAAAGCCGAGUAUUUGGGAAAGAAUCCUGCCCCUGAAGGGCAUGGGGUUGAAAACCUGGAGCAGAUUUCAGACCAAGUGAAGGACGCAGAGUUUUCUGGUAACAUUAUCCAGCGAAGCAUGCAGGGUCUGGAGGACAUGCUGGGGCAGGUUGAGAAGUCUGGAGUCAAGGUGUUUGAGAAGCUGGGAGUGGUAAUGGACCAGGUUGGACUAUCUAGGCAACACAUGAUGAAGAGCCUGGAUUCGUUGAUGGACCAGGUCUCUGCCUCCAGUAGCAAGAUGAUGGAAGAGAUUGAUCAUGUCAUUGACACAGUGGCUCAUUCCAAGGUCAUUGAAGAAAUCAGGGCUUUUCCACGAGAAAUCCGAGAGUCAUUUGUCCUCAGUGUGAGAAAUCGCAGUUAUGUUGCUGCUGGGAUUAUGGUGGCAAUCACCACUGCCAUCUUGGUUGCUGGAGCUGUGUACUUUUCAUGGUGCCACCAGGACGCCUGGCCCCACCACACAGUCUCACUAGAAUCCCUGACAGAUUAUAAGGAUAAGGAUCAUGUUUACUCCAAGGAUAAUAAUGGUGUUAUCUGUAAGGAUCAAGAUGGUGUCAACUAUAAAGAUAAUAAUGUUGUCAGCUGUAAAGAUAAGGAUGUUGUCAACUCUAAAGAUAAGGAUGUUGUCAACUCUAAAGAUAAGGAUGAUGUCAGCUGUAAAGGUAAGGAUGAUGUCAGCUGUAAAGGUAAGGAUGAUGUCAGCUCUGAAGAUAAGGAUGAUGUCAGCUCUGAAGAUAAGGAUGAUGUCCACUCUAAGGAUAAGGAUGAUGUCAAAUCCAUUGAUAAGGAUGAUGUCAAAUCCAAGGAUAAGGAUAAUGCCAACACUCAAGACUGCAUGAACUCUAAAGCUGCUGUCAAGAGAAGUUUCUCUGCUCAAGGCUUGAAAAGCAUCUCCAGUCAUCACACUACUGCUGAUGUUGGAUUCAAUGAGCAUCCUGAUGAUCAAAAUACAAAUUCCACAGGUGAUGAUUCCUGCCAGAGGCCCAGUGAUUCUUUUGGCAUCACAGGUUUAGAUGGGAAGUGUCAACACAAAGGCAUGCCAUCUCAAGAUGAAUUUAGGAAUAGCAGGACAUCGAAAGAUAAACACAAUAAAGGUAUGCCAGUUACAGAUGAAGAUCAGAGGAGCAUGCCAUUUACUGAUCAACAUCAAUCAGCUUCAGCUCAUGAACCUUUGCUUAGUCAAGAUAAAUCACAUGCGUCAACAUUUGUGGAUGUAUUGUGUACAUUUGAAUCCAGCAGUGAUGCCAAUUUUGGCUGCAUAAAGUCAGAAGACCGUCAGCUCAGAAGCUCUGUUUCUGGACUUGAUUCUGGUGAUGCAGGGCAAGAUACUCAAAGUGACACUGUACCCUUAAAUAUUUCUAGCACAGAAGGCUUAAGAAAUAUUAGUCAUUCUACCGAGGUUACUGGAAAAAGCUUAGAGAAAGGAGACAGUAAAAACAAAUUCCUACAGUCCACUGUCAGUGCAGGCAAGGCAGAAAAUUGUGGUAUUUUGAGAGAAGGAACUAUAAUUCAUCAGGAAUCUGUGAGCAUAGAGAAUCGAGAAUAA